UAUUUACUGGUAUUUUUUUUUCAAAGGAAAACACGUUGACGUCGCCGUGCAUUAAACGAUACAAACUACUGUUGUGUUCAAAUCUGCAGUUAAUGGGAAAAAGACGAUUCAUUCUUUAAGUGGCCAAUAAUAUAGAAAUGGAAGAUGACCAUUUCCUCGCAGUGAUACUUAGCAACCUAUUCCGGAAGGAAUCUAACGGUGAUGCAAUCGAAUUCUUUCUUCGGCGGAGAAGGUUAAGUCCCAAUCAAAACAACGGAGAAUUGGACAACAAGCUAAAAAAGUUAAAACAACAGAUUGAGAAUUGUGGAGGAUGUUUUGGGGAAGAGCCUAGAGGUUGUCACUCAAUAGAACUUGUUUUUCCUGAACAAAUUGACAACAUUGAUGAAGUUGAUUCAGACAUAUUCAAAGCUGAAUACAUAGAUGAAUGCAUCAAGUGUGGUGAGCUCCUUGAUCUGGAAGAUUUCAGGCUUGGCAAAUCUCCAUAUAGUUCCAUAAACAUAAACAGGAUUAUGAAAGGUCAUGAAUCUUGGGAUUCUGUGUCAAGAACUAGUCCUGCAAAAGGUAGAAAAUUACCAGACUUUGGGCCCCUGUUACAAAGAUCACCUGAAUCACAGAAAAACUGUGUUCCUGUUAAAAAAAGUCGCCGUGUAGAAUAUUCUAUUGAAGAAGAUUUGGCUAUUUUAAAAUUUUUGCUGGCAAACAACUUGCAUGAUAAAGUACGAGGAAACACUAUAUGGAAAAUAGUUCACAGAAACUUUCCAAACCACAGCUAUCAUUCUUUGCAUAACCGAUUCCGACGUUUUAUUCUCCCCAACCUCAGCAAAUACAAGGGCCUGACGAAUAGUGAACGUAAACUAUUCAGCCACAAUGUCUCCUCUGAUAGUUCUACAUUUUUGCCAAAAAAAACCAUUCAGACCGACAAUCGGAGUUCCAUAAAUAACAAGACGUUGACGACUGAAAGUGCAAUAACAGUAGUUGAUCAAGAAACGGUUCUUGCCCCUAUUUGUGUGCUGGAAGAAGUUUCUGAAAGGAAUCCAAAAAAGGCGAUAAAAAGUAACGCAGAUAGCGGCUUAAAAAAGGAAGUGUCAUCGAAUAAACUGGGAAAAACCUUACUCCUUCGUGGGUUCGAUGAUUCCGAUAUAGAAGAAAGCAUGACUUUGACCCCCAAUACCCUGGAAGUGGUACUUAGCAAUUUGUUUCGGAAGGAGUCAAAUGGUGACGCAAUUGAGUUUUACAUGCAACGUAAUCGCUUUUGUCAUUUGGAAAACAGCGUUGAACUGGAAGAGAAGUACGGAAAGUUAAAAGAACAAAUCGAGAAAUGUGGAGGAUUUCUUGGAGAAACACCUACAAGUUGCCAUGCCAUAGAACUAGUGUUUCCUGAAGUGGUUGAUGACACCACAGAAAUUGAAUCAGACGUAUUUAAAGCGGAAUAUGUGGAAGCGUGUCUUAAGUGUGGCGAUCUUCGUAAUUUAGAAGACUUCCGACUGGGCACAUCACCCUAUGAUGGCUCGAUCAACAUCAACAGUAUAAUGAAAGGACAUGAUUCGUGGGAUUCUGUAAUAAGAAAGGAUCUUCGAAAAGGCAGAAAGUUGCCAAAUUUGGAAUCUUCUUCUGAAUCAAUUAAGAGCAUCUGUUCAGGCAAAAAGAGACGACGUAACGAAUAUUCGGUAGAAGAAGAUUUAGCUAUUUUAAAAUUCCUGAUGUUAAAAAAUUUGCACGAUAAAGUAGAAGGGAACAGUAUUUGGAAAAUAGUUCAUAAUGAGUUUCCGUUGCACUCUUCUCAGUCUUUACGAAAUCGAUUUCGACGGCAUAUUCUUCCCAACCUCCAUAGUUACAAAGAUUUGACGAAUACUGAGCGCAACCUUUUCAGUCGUGGUUCAUCCAGUGAUGACUCUUGCACUUCUCUAUCGGGGAAAACGCAGAAGUCAGAUACAUCCGCUACUUCACACAAAGAAAAUCAAAAUGACGUCGUGGCGGUAAGGAAUAUUUCGUGUUCAGAAAAGAAUCCAAACGAUCUUGUGUCGACUCCUGCAGAUUUUGCAUUCCCAAAGACUGUAGUACACGAAAGCGGUCUUUCUUCCAACGUCAUGGAAAAUUGUAAUUCUGUCACAUCAGCCGUGUCUUUAACAAAUGGGAGAAAAACAAAAGAAAAGGAAGUUGGGGAAUUCACUGUUGAAACAGACAAAUGCGUUCUUGAAUACAUCAUCAGGCACAAGCGAUAUACGGAAGUGUCGGAAAUGAAGCUGUGGAAGGACAUACAAAAAAGCAUUUUCAAACAACGAGACUGGAAAGCUAUUAAACAAAGGUUUCAUGAUGUUAUUGUUAAAGAUCUUGAAUCUGAAGAGUAUUCCCUCGACGAAAAUGUUAUUCAGAAAUUUCGUGCGAAAAAUUUGUCCUCGUCAAGUGAACAGAAUAACAGUUCCGACGAAGAUGAUUCGUCUCCACCAUCUCAUCCGAAAGCACGAAAAGCUGCGCCAAGACCAUACACGUUUAAAGAAGAUAAGCUCAUUAUUGACUACAUCGUCAAAUCUGAAAGAUUUGAAGAAAUACGGGGAAAACGUCUCUGGGUAGACAUUCAGGAUAAGGUUUUGCAUGGAUACAAUCGUACGUGGGAGUCUGCUAAGAACCGUUUUCUUCGAACUUUAUUUAAAAAUCUUACGCUGUACCGGCUUAAUCCAGAGAUUAUUUCCAAAUUUGAAUGUGGAGCUGUUGCUGAAAGACAUUUAGGUGGAGUCAACGAUAGAAGAAGUUCCAGACAUAUCUCCACCAAAAUUAAAAACAGUAGGAAAACCGAAGACUCGGACGAAGACGUGCUUCCUAAGCAUCCAGCCUUAGGGACGGAAAAAAUAGCAACGCCGUCCAAGAAGUCCAAACGGCACCUGUUUCGACAGCCUAUCAUUCCAAUACCGGUCAUUUUUUCUCCCCAACCGGGCCCUUCUCUACCUAAGAAAAAAGGUGGCUCGACGAGAGUGAAUACUCCUGCAGAACUGGAACCGCCAGCAGCUGCGCCAGAAGCUGCUGAACAGUUGUCGAAGUCGCCGGAAGUUUUACACACCGUAACCACAUUACCGAUGGGAGGACUGACGAAAACUGCUGGUGCCACAUCGACUGAAUCUACUGUAAGCGCUACGUCGUUCAAAAGCCAGACUUUACCGAAAAAGUUGCAACCAGCGCCUUCUUUAAGAUGUUCAGUUGUCUUAAAAAAACUGAGACAGACCGAACUAGAGAAGUAUGGUUGUAAAGCCGUCUCACAACAGAAAAUGUUUAACUACUCUACUAGCGCUGGCCCCUCCGUUCAUCCCCCUCCUACUACGCCUCCACCUGUAAGCCCCUUGAAAGCUUCACGUUUUACAGUCGAGAUAUCCUCGGACCUAUUAGCGGCCAGAUUAUCGGCUGCUGGAUCCUCUGUGUUGGCAGUGGCACAAGCUAACCAAGAAUCAGGUUGGCUGCCAUUGUCCUCAUUAUCUGGAGAACCCAUUCAACAUAGCGAACCGUUGAAGAGUUCUCAUGAUACCUCGGCUUGCACCACCUCUCACGAACUUUUGGACAAAUUUCAACUGUGUUCGUCCGUGACAAUAGUAUCGUCGAACGUUGAAAGUUGUUCGGUGGACGAUGAAGAGCAUGUUGAAGCAGAAGUUCCUGAUCAAGUGAGUUUUUCUGCAUUAUUAAAAGUAAGCAAUCCAACACAAACAAGAGUUUCUACUCAUAGUUAUUUGGAAUUAACGAAGGAUGGCCUGUCGAGUGAUGGCUACCGUACGCCAGAAGGUUAACGCGACGAUUUCAGUCACGAACCCUACUGUGGAAUUUUGUUGCAUUCGAUACGCCUUUUGCUUCAAGAGCGCAUAAGCUAUAAAUCUAAGUAACGGUGACAUUCUAAAAUUUUCAACUUGAAUGUCGUUCUUAACUGAAAUAGGUUUUGAAUUCAAUAUGCAUCCAACAAAAUAAAUAUACAGUUAA